CCCUGAUCCCCGACUGGCUUGACAGGUCCACUCAUUGUUUUCUGUUUGCUGGGGGAGCGGGUAUGCUUUACUUUGCUUCUGUUCCUUGAAUUUAAUGGGUGUUCAAGAUGUCGGACUCACCGCGUUCUGUGCAGCGGAGGAGGAAGCGCGAUUCCACCCUGCAGGCGGUCGACCUCUUGAAUGGCCUCAUGGGUAACAUACAAAACCCUCCGUCUCGGGCAAAUCGACCCGGUCCCGCCACGCCGCAUCCCUCGCGUCGGCUCACGUACGCUGGCAAGAGAGAUGCUGCGGACAUGAAUGAUGGUUUUGGUCUAUUCCCUCGGACUGUCCCCCCGAAGCCCAGAUACGCCCACGAAACUGAAGUGGUCACUCCGCGUCGGUCAUUAAGGUUCUCGGAACCCGUGCCUGGUGGAUCCACUCGGUAUGAAAGCGAUCAAAUGCUGCAGCCUCCUGGAAGCCCAGAAUUGGAGCACGAGUCUGGCGAUCAGUCAGAUGAGCCAGGUGAGGAGCAAUCUACAAAACAGGCCGAAGACGGUUUCGGGGAUGACACUCAUGUAAUUUCCCCACACACAAGUACUAAGACUGAAACCGAAGACUACUCUUUAAGCGACGCUGAACAUGAUGAUGAAGACGAUGAUAUCUCAUCCCAGAGUGACCAAGAGAUGCUUGAUGGCGAAGAUCUGGCAUCAGAAGUAGAACUUUUCUCGAAUAUUGAUGAGCGUACCCAGCCAUCUAUCGACCGGCCUAGCUCAUCGCCAUCCUCCAGCCAUGAGACUCCUGGUCGUAAACUCAAGACACAACCUGUCAGGAACAUAGCAGCUUCUGCACCAAUCUCAACCGAAUUAAUUGAAAAUACGAGCAGCGAACAGUGGAAAGAUGCACCAGAACAGCCCGCCAAUAGGCGAGACUCCAGCCGCAGUGAUGCUUCCUCGGCCAGGCGAUUACCCACAAUUGCGGUUGAGAUAACUACAGCAACGCCUUUAUCAUCUAAGGCUUCAGCAACGGGGGAUCACCAAAUGGGCGGAUCUUUGAGGGAUGACAAAAUGCGUAUACCAGACCAAGAAGUCAAGGAUGCCGGCGCCACACAGGACGAAGACCCGCCAUACCAACCUUCAGAGGCGUCCUCGUCAUCGGUGCCUUCUCCCGAGCCUACCUCAUCCGAGGAUGACUUUCAGCAUCAUUCUGCGGAAGCAAGUCCGCAGGUCUCAGACCCACCGCGGCAAUCCACGAAACGAAGACACUCAAUUACGAGCUCACAAGGUACGACCGGAAAUAGGGAGAUACAGCCCGGACGACAAACUACCGGAGUUUGUCAGCAGGCCAAUUCCCGGGUUGUCAGAAAGAGUCCAGCUGAGGGCACCCAGCACUCCCAUGGCGCAAACCAUGAUGGGGCGCAGCAUGCUACGGAACCUGCCCAAGACAACUUUGAUGAGCGUAGCCAUAGGCCUGAACGCCCGGAGGAUAGUGCGUGGUUCAAGGAAGCCUCUGAACUCGACGGCCAGCGCUCCAAUUGGAACAAGCUUGUCCAGAGCAUGCAUCCUCGGAACAUAGCUUCCAAUGUCAACCUAAUUGACUUUGACUUUGAGUCGCUGAAGCGUGAAUUGUCAUCCCUAAUCCAAGUCUACAAAGAUAUUAUCGAGAACUUGGCAUCUGACACUGGGCCGUCAGACUAUGACGUGCGUAACUGCAGCGCGUCGCUGGACCAGGUUGACAAACAAGGACGCCGUCACCUAGAAGAGGCCUACACACUCUCGACUCAAGGGGAUGGAGCGAAAGGCGGAGCACUGGUGGAAGUGUUCGACGCCCAGAUGAUCUCGCUGUUAGUGCGGCUGGUUCUCGUCUGCUUUCAAGCCUACUCCAUGGAUCACCGACUCUUCCCGGAAGCAUACGGGCAUCUCCAGCAUGCCAUGAGAGUACUGCUCCGGCGGUGUGAUCAGAUCCGCGGUCUUGUCCGAGGACAUUAUGUGGCGUGCCGGGCCGUCAGCCCGGGGUUGCGUCUGCCCCUGCAGCGGCUCCUCGACUCGUUAGAAAAUGGUCGCCUGCAGAAGCGCCACCAACGGGAAGAUGUGGAGGCUGACAGGCACGCGAAGGCGCCGAAAAAAUCGACUCCGAAGGGUCAGUCCAGACCCCCGAACCUGACACAUCAACCACGGACUUGGACGAAAGACGAGGAACUCGCUCUUAUCGAGGGCUUGCAACAGUUCCAGGGCCCGGACCGCUACCGUCAAAUCUGUGAGUUCUACCAAGAUGGCAUGGGCCAACGCGGGGAGAGGGAGGUGCGCAAACAAAGCGAGAGACUGUAUUACCAAAUGCUCCCGAUAAUCCGGGAAAUGGCGCGGACGGGAGAAGAACAAUGGGAUUGGGGGUGGUUGCUGAAUGUGGUUGAGUGAUGAGGGGAAAAUAUAUUUAUUUAUUUUGGCUGCCGUAAUGAUGUCUUUGAGCGCAGUCGUGUCAUAUACCCCGAGUUUUUGUGUGAUUUCUCCCAUUCUUAGUAUUAGGUAUCAGUCUUGGCCAUUACUGCCCGGGUACUCUUAUUGCAUGAUUGAAAGUGGGAUGUGAUUGUUCAUUCUAGUCCCUGGACGGAACCAUGGAACCAACAACGGGCAUUGUUUAUCCUACGGACGGUUUAGGGGGGGCAGGGGGACAACACGCGGAAACCCCAGCAAUGACAACCAUGGGAUGAACCCAGUUGGGGGUGACGCCAACCGUGGCCAGCAGGAAGUACUAGUAAGGAGGCAGCGUU